CUUCAUGGCGUCUUGUGUAGAACUAGACAUUCUUGUUGUAUUUAUUACUGAAAUAAAAAUGAAAGAUAGUUAAUCUUAAGUUUUGGACAUUCAAUCUACAUUUAAUUAUUUACAUUAUCGUUUUAAAUUCAUAAAAUGCCUAACGAUGUGUGAUAUAUAUGUAAUGUUUUAAAGAAUGAUAUUACCGUAGAAGUUCUAAUGUUUUCUAACUCUAUCAUCCAGUGUUCGUGUUUGAGACCGCGAAUUAGUAACUUAUUUGAAUUUAAUUUAUAAGUAUUUAUAAUCAAAAAAUAAUCAUGAAGGAUAUAAAAGUGUGCAGAAUAUGCCUUAUAAUGGAUGUGAAAAUGUAUAAUUUACAUUCGUACUCAUUGGAAACUUAUUACGAAGUUUUAGUAGGAUGUCAUACUGAAGUGGAAAACCUGCCAAAAUAUAUUUGCUAUGAAUGUACUGCCCACUUACAAAAGUUUUAUAUCUUUAGGGAGAGAUGUUUGCGAGGGCAAGCGACAUUAAUAGGCUUAUUGCACUCAUGUGAAAAGAUUACUAGUGAUGUUAUAAAGAAAAUAGAUAAAGAUGUUUUCCGUCUGUCUUCCAAUAUAACACUUAGCCAAGUAAAGUGCAUGAAUAUAACAGCUGAUGUAGAUUUAGACAUUAAUAAUGAAAUUAAAACAGAACCAUUUGAAGUUAUCGAUGAUGGAGAAUAUUUUGAUGAUAAAGAUAACAUCAAAAGGGAAAACAGUUGUGAUGAUCUAUCCUUACUCUCAAGUGUUGAUAAAAUAUUGUCAAGUGACGAUGAUGAACCACUGUCUUUACAUAAAGAGAAGAAAAAAGAAAUGAAAAUGAAGAGAAGGAAAAAAGUCAGCAUUGAUAAAGCAGUUAAAAUAGAUAGGGAAGAUGAUUUAGAAGCAACAAACGAAACAAAUAAAGUUCCACGCGAAAGCAUAUUGAUAGAGGUCAAACCAAAGCGUGGAAGGCCCAGGAAGAAUGAAGAAAAAUCUAGAAAACCAACAACUGUCCCAAAACAACGUCGCACCAACAACACUGGAGGUGUUAUUGAAGAGGACUUUGAUCUGGAGAACUAUUGUGACAUUAUUACAUUAACGGAAGAACAACAAAAGGCGGAGAUCUUACAACGGCAGAGUUCUUCGAACUAUGUCAACGCAAUAUUCCAGUGCAAGUUGUGUUUCAAAGGGUUCAUCGACGCGCAGGCGUGGAAGCAUCACGUCAGCAAACACGAACCGAGUGCAGGGGACUUGGAGUGUCAAAUCUGUAAGUUCAGAUUUAAAACGAAGCGAAUACUGCAGAAACACAGUUCAAACCACGAAAAGAAAUAUGCGUGCAAAUCUUGUCCGUAUGUCUCUAAGUCUGGGACUCAAGCAAGACAACAUCAGAUGUGGCAUAAAGGUGUCACGUACAAAUGCCAGUACUGCGACGAUGUAUUGACGAAAUGGACGUCGUACUUGUCGCACGUACGCAUGAAGCAUCCGUCGGAAUUUAUCUGCGGGGUGUGCGGGUACUCCUUCGUCAGCAAGCUGGGCCUCGCUAUGCACAAGACCAUGAUGCACAAAACCACUGUCGAUAAAGAAAAAACAAAGACAGAAAAGGACGACAUGCCGUAUUGCCCGCAGUGCGACGUGAAGUUUGUGUCGAUGGAGGCGUACAAGCGACACAUGGUGACGUCGGUCAAGCACACACAGAGCACUGACUUCAGCACGGGCUGCCGCGUGUGCGGCGACUCGUUCCCCGACGCGGAGGCGCUGCGCGUGCACCACCGCCGCCACCACGCGCGCGCGCGCCCGCGCAACUACGGGAAGGCCAAGCCCGCGCACGCGCACUGGCCCGCGCGCUGCGACCACUGCUCGGAGGAGAUCCCGAAUGCGCGCGAGUACUGGAACCACUUCCGACGCGUCCAUCCCGACAAGAACUAUCCCGUUCAAAAGGAUUACAUUUGUGACAUCUGCGGAAAAGGCUUUCGGGGUAAUGCAUUCCUUGUCUACCACAAGAGAACCCACUUCGAGGAGAGAGCGUUUAAGUGCCCCCAGUGUCCAAAGGCAUUCUUCAACCGGACAAACUUACAAAUGCAUGAGAAGACGCAUUCGGAACAUCGUCCGCACCCGUGCUCCAUGUGUUCCAAGGCUUUCAAGAUGAAAGGUGCAUUAGACAGGCAUUUCAGGAGCCACACGGGGGUGAAGCCUUACGCGUGCGAAGUGUGCGGGAAAGCUUUCGCGCAGUCCAACAGCCGCAAGCUGCACGUGCGCACCGUGCACCUCAAGCAGCCGUCGCCCUACGUCAGCCGCUCGCGCCUCGAGCGCCGCAACAAGGCGCCCCGCGACCAGCCCGCCGCGCAGUUCCUCUACUAGAGCACACUCCACGUGACAAGUACUUGAAGAAAACUUUUUGAGGAUUUGCGAACUGGACGAAUUUGAGUGCAGAUAAACUAGUGAAUAGAAAAACUAAAAUACUAAAUUUAAAAUAAGCAAUCCAAAUAGUGAAUGUGACAAAGUAUUUCAUAGAUCAAAAUAAUAGUCUUUAAGAAAAAAGACUAAUACAAAUACAUUUCAAAAAACCUUCCAAAACCCGCAGUUAACGGGUUUGUCAUAGAUCACUGAGGACCCUAGUCUCAGUGUUCAAGAUAACCAUUAAUUUCCUGACAAUAUAAAUUAGACAACAUUUAAACUAACAUAAUAUUACACUAGUCAAUAUGUUAUGUUCAAAUUGUUAUGAAAUGUUACAAAUCACAAACUAUUUUAUGAAAAAUAUUAAAGAAAUCAUGAACAAAGUUGAUAUAGAGUAACAAAUUAUACAUCAUGAUUUUAUAUACUGCAUGACAUUUUAAUUAAAAUCAUUCGUUUAAUGAUUUUUUAUUUAAGUAUUACUUUGUGAUUGUAUUCUUUUGCCUUUAAAAUCAGUAUUAUAUUUUAAGUCCAUUUAUA